AAUCGCCAUUUGUUGUUGCGUUUCGGUCAGCUUUUUUAAGUACGGAAAGAAAUAGCAAGAACAAAAGACGUAGAAAAUUUUAAAGAGCUUACUAAAAUUUAAAGUCAAAUUACUAAAUAUUGUAUUUUGCCAUUAAAAAAAAGUACGAAAAGGAAUAAUUAGAAAAAUCAUUGCAGCGCAGUUAAAGUUUUCAUAAACACUGACAUUUGCACCAUUUGGAAAGUCGAAAAAUUUAUAAUAUUUGUGUGUUGGCGAGUGCUAUCAAAAUGUUUCAUAAUAAAUAUUUGACUUUGACUUUGGUGCUGAGUAUUUGCAGCGCUCUGGUUUGUGCCGCCCAAAUCGAUGUGAGCCUGGACAAAGCAAAUUUGCCUGCUGCUGCAGCAGCAGUGACACCAGUCGUUGAAGGUGUAGAAAAACCAAAAUCUACCACACCUACCACUAUGUCGAGCACAACUUCAACAACUACACCAGCGCCUACAACUUCAACAACUACACCAGCGCCUACAACUUCAACAGCAGCGCCGACCACCACUACAGUGGCACCAACGACACCCACUGCAGCGCCAAUAACAACAACACCUGCACCAGCGCCAUACCCAGCACCAGAGAUUGGCAUGUGGAAUUCGAGCUGUAUUAUUAUGCACUUUGCUGCACAGUUGAACGUUACCUAUGAGACCAAAGACAACAAAACUGCUUCCCGUUUGUACAAUAUCCCUAAGGAUGCCAAGGUCGAAGACUCCAAUUGCGCCAAUGUUUCACAAAACAUUCACAUUAUUUGGGGACCAGUUGAAGCCAUACACUCUAUGGUAUUACAAUUCGAUAGGGUUAACAAGUCUAGCGAGUUGAAACAGAUCAUCAUUACUUUGCCACUCACCAGCGAUCACUUCCCCGAUGCUAAGGAUAACGAAACCAUCCAACUAAUCCACACUGGUGAUGAAUUUGUCACCCCGGUACAAAUGUCUUACCAUUGCACACGUGCACAAAAAUUCAACAUGACUGAGGUAAUGCAAGAUACCAAAGUAAUUGGCACCAUUAUGCUGAGCAAUGUACAAACCGAGGCAUUCAUCAUGGACCAUCGUACCACCUUCUCUACAGCCAUGGAUUGUGAUGGUCCGAAAACAAUGGAUAUUGUACCCAUUGCUGUCGGCAUUGCCAUGGCCGCACUCAUACUAAUCGUAUUGAUUUCGUACUUGUGUGCGCGCCGUCGUUCCACAUCGCGUGGCUACAUGAGCUUCUAAGCGAUUAGCAUGUUGCUUGUUUGGCGUUAGUGACAGUAAUUAUAUAUGUAGGCAUAGGCGGUCUUAGAUUUUGUGGGGGGCACGCUGGGUGGUUAUCUUUUGUAUAGGGUUAUACUGCGAAAAUUUCUUUUAAUUUGAGCAGGAAAAAAAUAAUGUGGUUUUUUCUUCUUAUUUUUUUUUUUUUGUUGAGAGAGAGAUUGAGUAAAAGAUUGAAUUGCCGAGUUUUGAUUUACUUUGUCACGUAACAUAUAAAAAAAGGGGAAAGAAUAUGCAAAAUAGCAAUUGAAAACAGCAAAAAUAAUAUAAAAACACAGCCGUCAUUUAAGAUAUUCAUUCAAUAACAAAAAACAGUAAAAGCGAGCGUAUAACGAACAAGUAAAUGCACUGCAAUUAGCAAUUUUAAUCCAACUGACUUUUAACGAACACUAAGUACAGUUACAAUUCGAUAGCAAACAGGGUGCAGUUACAAAAAAAUAUUAAAAUAUAAUAGGUGGAUCAUUAGGUCCAGCAGUUAAAUACUUUAGUUUUGCAUGCCCGAGCACUGUAGUGCAGACGUUUGUUUUUUUUUUAUAUCUUUUUGUUUUUUAACCGGUUAUUAUUAUUUUUUUUUAUUAUUUUAUAGCUCUUACUCAAAACGAUUUAGUGCGCAUAUGCAAAAUAUAUUACUUAGUAACAUAAUACAAUAUUUGAAACGAAUUCUUUUGUUCAUUAGCUUUUCGUUAACUUGCGAACUGCUACUUCUAAAUAAGCCUUCCUUUUUACAUACAAAAUUUUUUUGUUCUUUUUUAAAUAACCUUAUACACUUGAAUAUUCGAAAAUUAAGUACAUAUACAAAUACUAUGAAAUUCUUCACCAACAACAGCACUAUUUUAAAGCAUGAAGAAAAACAAAAAAGAAUAUUAACUAUAAGCACGCUUCUAUACUUUAUUAAACGAUUCUUAUUGUUCUAUAUCUACAUAUGUAUUUUUAUUUUAAUAUUUUAAAUAAUUGGCUAAUUAUUGUAUGUAAUCGAAAUACUUCAGUGCAUAAUUGAAGUAUGUGUAUAUGCUAUUUUGAUUUCAUCACAAAUUACAAAUACAACUAUGUUAUAUACAAUUUUUCAUUGCAUAUCGUUGUGUAAUCACAAAAAAUUUUCCAAACAUCUCAGUAAUGUAUAUGAAAUCUAUUAAGAAUAUUAGUCUAAAAUUAGGUACUUGGCAUAUAUAAUUUGUUUAAAAAUUUUAAUUGUAAAAUUUAAACUUGGCCUUAAAUAAAGUGAGGUAACUGAA